AUGCAGUUGCUGUUGGUUGUGUGCUUGGCCUUAGCGGCAACAAAUACUCCCAGCGCUACAACUGCUGGCAAGAGUUGGACUGGUCGCUUGGUGACGAAAACUCCUUCGUUGGUGACAUGGUUGAUCGAUGGGACCAAUCUCGCGUGCUCCCGCCACGUGCCAGGGGAUCGGGAGGCACUCGUAGAAAGGCUCCAAGAGAUUGCGUCUCCUAUCGGUACCAGUGCUGCUGACGACGAUGGCACCACAAUUGUUACAAAUGUCGUUCUGGUAUUUGAUGGUGACGAGGAUGAAGUCUUUUCCAAGAGCACUUUUGGCUGGUUCCAGCAGAUUGUGACGGAUGGCAAGGGCAAAGUGAAAGAUCGAGCGGAUGAUCACAUUGUGCAACACGUACUUCCUGAACUGCAACAGCUGAAUGGACGGGUUCAUUUGGUGUCGGCCGAUAAGGAACUGGGAAAGCGCGUUCAAGCCUCUGGUGUCAUGAAGGGCGGAUCGAUGGUCCAUCCACCCAAGUUUUGGAAAGAAUAUCUGCCCAAUCUACAGCAACGACGACAAGUACAAGCGCAACAGAGGAAGAAAUCAAUGUAA